AUGGCUUUGCUUCCAAGACGAAAAGUAAGACUACUUUUCCCUGCUAUACUGCUAUGCUUGGCAUUUCCAUUUGCUGUACAUUUUGUUGAACAAUAUAGAUAUAAUGAUUUGAAAUCAAGAUUACAAGAGAAAAUUUAUAUUACACAUCAGGUAUUUUCCCCGUUCGACAUAAAACAAAUUCCGUCGUCAAUUAUUGACGUAUUGGCUCAUGAAGCUAUUAGGAAAGAUAAAGAGUCUCCCCAAGAAAAUAAAAUAGAUUGGAAUAGGUUUGCUUAUGUAAAUUACGUUGAUGAUAUAGAUUAUUUAUGUAAUUCUAUCGUUAUAUUCAAAACAUUGAAGAGGAGAUUCGGUUCAAAGGCCAAGAUGGUUCUGCUGUUAUCAGAAGCGGUUUUCAAAUCUGCACAUUCAGCUGCUGAAUUAACUUUCUUGAAUAACCAGCUACAUGAAGCUAAACAGUUUUUAGGUGAAAAAGAGCUGGAUAUAAAAUUAGUUACAAUACCGAAGAAUGAAGCUGAAACUCCAGAAAGUAAUGAAAAGAGAGGCUUCUUAAAUGCAUUUAAAGAAAACCUUUCUGGUGGAGGCAGUUCCAAUGAUGAUGAUACACCAGCUGCUGAUAAUGCACCGGUUCCGAACCCUCCAGUUGCCGGUAAUAUUCCAGUGGAUAAUGCACCGAUUCCGAAUGCUCAACCAGCUACAGCUAGUGCUCCAGAUAGUAAUGGCUCUACUAGUGAGAAUAUUCAAGUAGUGAAUACAAACGGUGAAACUUCCUCCAAUAAUGAGAAGGCCACAGAAAACAAGUCAGACGCUGCAAAUUCAUUUGACUACGUUAGUGCUUUGACGAAGUAUUCUAUGUUCAAUGCUAUCAAUUAUGAUCGUAUUAUAUAUAUCGAUAAUGAUGCUCGUUUGACUCACAAUUUAGAUGAAUUAUUUUUCUUACCAUCUUACAUUGAAUUUGCAGCUCCACUACAAUUCUGGAAAAUUCCUGUGGAAUCUUACACUGAUUCUAUUAGGCUAAUGCAAAAGGAUGGAGAAGACAUCGAUAUAAGUCAUCAUUUAAAUAUGCUAACAGGUAAUAUUUUGAAUCAGAAAGAAUACUACAAUUUCUUACCAAAACUACCACCUUCUUUAUUUUUUGAAGAUAAAUCUAUUAUCCAGAGGGUAAUGAAAUCAGCUUCUGAUGCUAUUUCAUUCCUUGAUUUUGAUGAACUAGGAAUAACUAAUAGUGUCCAAUUCCAAACAAGUUUAAUGGUUUUAAAACCAAAUUCUGAAGUUUUCAAAAAUAUUCAAGACAACAUAUUACCAAGUUUAAAGGGAUCUUCCCAAGAGACAAAUGGAGAUUCGGCUAUUAUUAACAAAAAUUUCUUUAAUUUAAGAAGCAUGUUGUUUAAUCAGUAUAAUGAUUAUAAAAAUAAAUCAGAAGAUUUCAGACCAAAAAUAAUGAUUCUACCGUAUAAAAGAUAUGGUUUAUUGUCCAAGUUGAUUAGAGACGAAGCUUAUUAUCCUAUGCUAAUUAAUGAUAUUAUUGGUUACCAUAACAUAAAUGCAUAUCGUAGACAUGAAAAAGAACUAGAUAUAUUAGAUGUGUUAUCUGCAUGCAAAUAUUUGCACUUUAACGAAGAUUUAUAUGAUAAACCUUGGCGUUACAAAUCUAUUAAUGAUAUUCAAUGUUCAAUGUCUGGCUCCUCUUUAAGUCAAAAAGCAUGUACUCUAUGGAGACGUCAAUAUGACAUGUUUUUAUCCGAUAGACAAAUGUGUUUGAUUGCGGAAGAAAAACCUCCAAUAGCAAAUAAAACUCCAAAUUGA